UGGUGUGAGAGGCUGAUGAAACUGAAAGUGCUGCUGCUGGUGCAGCCUGCGCUGCAGCCACUUUGGCCUGGUGGUGACUUCACCUUCAAACGUGUGGAGUGGAGAGGGGGGUGGGUCGGAUCGGGUGGGAGGCAGCGCCUUGUAAGAGAUCAAACCAUGAACGGAGGGGUGGGCUCUCUCCUCUCCGAGGAAGUGAUUAAUCUCACCAGAGGACCGUCAGGCUUGGGUUUUAACAUAGUUGGUGGUACAGACCAGCAGUACAUCUCCAACGACAGUGGCAUCUAUGUUAGCCGGAUUAAAGAAAACGGAGCUGCUGACCUUGAUGGUCGCCUACAAGAGGGAGACAAAAUUUUAACAGUUAAUGGCAAAGAGCUGAAGAACAUGCUGCAUCAGCAUGUUGUGGAUCUGUUCAGGGCUGCAGGCGACAAUGUCUCUCUAAAAGUUCAGCACAGGCUGCUGCCUCAAAAUGGCCCCUCGAGCCACCGAGGGGAUGGGGAGCCAGGAGGCAUUCCCUUGGCUGCAAUUUUGGUGCCGGGGCUGGCUGUGGUUGUAGCUGUCGUGUGGGCCUGCCUGCGAUAUCGACAGCGGGUGUGACCAGCCCCUUUGCUUUUAAAGACCUCGGUGCAGAGAACAAAACUACAGACCUAUGAAGUAAUUUAAAGAGAGCCAAUCGACAAUUUUAUUCUGAACUGACCUUGGGGGAGGGAGGGGAGAAUGAGUUGCCUCAUGUAAAGUUGCUGCUGUUCGUGAUGCCAUUCACUUCAUGUAUGGGGAGGUGUAACAGGGAGGCAAGGGUGUUGGCUGUAAACUGGGUGCUCCCACUUCACUGGUCCUGCAGAAGACGGGACAGUCCUCUUCUGAUCUGUCUCUGUCCUGUGAAUUUUCAUAUGUUCCCAUUUUUGUUUUUUUAAACAUGAGCUGCAAUUCAAGAAGCUGUACAGCAAGUCUCUCCUGAGCAGAGGGUUUUCCUUUGCUGCCUGGCAAGCGGCUUCUGAAACUUUGGGGCAUUUCCUGGAGUAGUUGCCACUGUCGAUGUGGUUGAGAGAGCAGGGCUGUGGUGCCCUAGAGGAUAUAGGGAAGUGCUCUUUGUCUGUCUGAAGGGGCUUUUGGGAUUGCAGGCACGGCAUCUAGGUGGGAAGUGCAAAGGACUAUGGAUAUUUUGUAUAUUAAACCUGGCUUGAGAAUUUG